ACUUUUAUCGAUGAGAGUACAGGUAUUUGUGGGUGGUUAUCGAGUCGAAAGGAGAUCGAAGAAUAUGGAUUAUUUACAAAAUUUCUAAAGUAUUUUUAUAACUGGAAAGUUUAAUUAUGUUGUCGUUUUAUCAGGAUUUGACAAAGAAAGAACUUAUACCCAUAAAAAUCCUCAUGUUCCUCAUUUAUGGAGGCCAAGCAACACUCUAUCCUUAUUUCACAGUACAUUUGAAGGCCUUAGGCGUAUCGAUUCAACAACUUACAAUCAUAUUUGCCAUCCAACCCGUCAUUGCUCUUUUUGUAGCGCCGAUGAUUGGAAUAAUGGCAGAUAAAAUAGGAAAUUUUAAGUUUCUAUUCUGUUUUUUCUUAACAUUUUCCGCCAUUACUUCUAACUGCUUGCUCACCGUUCCUGAAAUUAUUCAAACGACAGACUAUGGUUACGUUGAUUUUAACUUUUCCUGCCAUAACCAGGAAGGUGCAUAUCCUGGGGUGGAAAUUGUAGUCGACCAAUUAUGUCGAGUUAAAAAUGGAAGUAAUGUGGAGUCGUUAGCAAUUAUUCAAAACUGUUACAACACAUGCGAUCCUAAUGGCACAAUAUGUUUAAAUAAUAAUGACGAAUCGCUGUGUUCUGUAGAUAUGUUCUUCAUAAAUGGAACAAUUAACAAUAGGACGGUAAUAAUAAAUAAUUUUAUAGUGUCAAACACCUCUUACAAAUACUUCAAAUGCAGCAGAGAAGAGUUGCAAUGUGAAUCAUCAUGUGUGGCGAGGAUAAACGGAACCAGGGACUUUUGUUCAGGGAAAAUGAAAAGAGACAAAAGCAGCGAAAUGAAGACUUUCGGAAUGUACUUGGGCAUAAGAUUAAUGGUUACUUUAGGUAUAGGAAUUGUUAAUGGCCUAUUCGAUGCUGCGAGUAUGGCCCUCAUAUUAAAACACAGCGCAGACAUUGGCUAUCAAAGAUUAUGGGCAACAGCAGCCAUGUGUUUAUUUGCACCCAUAAGCGGAUAUUUAAUUGACUAUUACAGUAAAGGAGAAGAUCGUAAUUAUAAACCAUGCUUUUAUCUAUACGCUACAUUAUACGGACUAGCUACUCUAACUGCCAUUUUCAUAGAUAUGAGCAUGAAAGUUCCUUCGCAGAAUGCCUGCCGAAAUUUAAAAAACCUUCUUAAAAAUUCAGAAGUCUGCUUGAUGUUAAUCCAUGUGGCAUUUUUGGGAAUAUGUUGGGGAUUUUUAGAGAACUUUUUAUUUUUGUUUCUGGAAAAAGAUUUAGGUUUUUCUAGUUUACUACUCGGGUUGACUGUAACUAUUGGUUCUGGAACGGGACUUCCGAUGUCUCUUGUGUCUACUUGGGUUACUAAGAAGAUUGGUUAUGUUAAUGUCAUGGUAUUAGCUUUUUUCGCGUAUACAGUUCGUUAUUUAGGUUACUCUUAUGCAACUGAUCCCUAUAUCUGUUUCAUAUAUGAGAUGAUGGAAAAUUUUACUGUAACACUGCUCACAGUUGGAACUACGUUAUAUUGUACGCACUUAUCAUCCCUUGAAAUGCUGACAACGAUGAUGACUUUAUGGAAUGGCCUUCAUGUUAUUUCAGGCCGUGCUUUUGGUAGCCUAAUAGGAGGAUUUUUAAUGGAUUCUAUCGGGCCGAGGAAGACAUUUCGAAUUUUUUCUGUCGGUUGCGCUAUUUUGGGAAUUUCCUAUUUUUUAAUCAAUUUAUUUUAUCUGAGAAAAUUAAGGAAAAAGGAAAUCGAAAGUGAUCUAGAUAAAGAAAUGGAAGUUAUUAAAGAAGAUAUUAUGAGAAGUAGAGCGAUUAGCGUUUCAAGCGUUAUAAUGAAUUACUCCACUGACAUUGCAUAUUAUCCACCCGUCAAUAUCGCAUCAAUAAAAACCAUAUGCAGGAGGCACAGCCACAUUCCAUCCAAGACUCAUAACAGCUUUCGCGAUAUAGAAACGCGUAAGAGACAUAGCAAAAGUUUAUCGUUUGUUCCUUCUUCCUCUCCUACUCCCGCUACAUUCCCCGAAGAUACUCGCCGACAUAUUAAUAGAAGGUUCUCAGUGAUGAGUUACACGUCUCAAUUAGAAACUGUACCAGAAGAGUUAUCGAAAUCAAAUACAGUGGAAGAUUUCACCAUUAUGACUAGGGAAGAGCCGGAAGGGAGCGAAAAUCCACCGGAUCUUACGUCAAAAAAUAAUAUUUAUGUUAUCAAUGUUGAAGAAAACGUAACAACACACCUUUGAUUUAAUUAAAAUAAUUAUUUUUUUCUGUCAAAUUGAAGUUUAUGUAACCUAAAGUCUAGGCCUACUUUUCGGGAUGGCCUUUAACAAUAUAUUUCUUCUUUACCUUGAAAUUAAUUAUAGGCGAUGACAGUGUCGUAACUAGCUUUUCACCUGCCCUGUGCAAGGUAUUUUAUAUUUGGUUCCCUUAAUUUUUUUUUUAGGGGAAAUAAUACAAUAAAUAUGAUAAAAUGAUUGUUUAUAAUUUUUUUGUGUACACAAGUAACGUACAAGAUCAUUUACGAGUAUUAUUUAAGUAUAUUUGACAAUUUUAUUUUUGUCAGUUCCCUUCAUCCCGGGAGUCCUGUGCACCUGUUUCACCUGUCUAAUUACGGCACUGGGUAAUGCUGUAACAGUAAGCUCAUAUUGCAACGAUCUUUACGCUAAAUUCUUGAUGUGUAACGUAAUAUCAGGAAGUUACUUUGAAAUGUUGUUAGCAUUAUGAGUUAUCGAACAACUCGUUUGCCUUGAGCCUACGCUAUGAUGAUGUUAUGAUUUUUUUGAAAUUAUUAUCGACACUUUUACACGAACAAUUGAAAAUUUAAAUAUCGAAAGACAUUAUAUAAAGUUUAAUUUCUUAAAAAUAACUUUAAAAUAAAACCACGAAAGGCCUGGAAAAUAUUAGUUACGCAUCUUUGUAUACCAUUUUCUCUGUGAUAUUAAUUCAUUAUACUUGUAUACACAUUUUUAAAAAAUUAAUAAAUCGAUUUAUAAUGUUGAAAAUUAAUAAUAGAAUCGGAAUUAUAAUUUAUUUAAAAGAAUAAUUUUUACUCGUAAAAAUAUGACAGCAAUAUUAAUUAAAUGUCGAGUAAAUGAGUCACGUGGUCAUUAUACGUGCCAAAAAAGUUCGUAUUUCUAGUA